UUUUGUUAUCUUUACUGCAGUAAAACAUGACCAUGAUAGGAACAAUAGCCUUCUAUAUGGCUGGAAAAUAGAAACAGAAAAAAAGACUGGAUAGAGAUAUAGUAGUGUCUAAUAUAAUUAUCUUAUCCACAAGACAAUCAAAUUUCUCAUAAAAAAUGGGUUACUUAUUAAACUAAGGUAUUUGUUUAUUUUAAGAUAGAAACUGACCGACUGCAUUCUUUAUGAACCAAAACCACUUAAAAUACCUGUGAAUUCAACAUAUUUUCAAUAUUUUGAGUUAACACUAUUUCUAUAUCCUACGACUUCUAGUCAUGGGACUGCAGGUCACUUGACAGCCCUCCCACCAAACUCAACGUCUUUCAUUAGCCAAGACAAAAUUUAAUAAACCUGACCUGUUUAACCUUAGUAUGCGCCACAUGUCUUCUCGUUCUGUAAAAGAAAUAAAUGACAAGUUGGCUUCAAAUGACCCAUUUUCUAUAGAUUUUAACCUAGUGAGCGGUUUCCUCACAAAGCUCUAUUGAUUCUCUUAAAUCUGAAUGAGGCUAUUCUCUGCAGUGCGGGUAGCGCUGUAAAAUCUUGGCUGUCACUGGGAAGCUAACAGCCUAAUUGAAUCUGAAGUACUGUGCAGAUUCCAGGAGUUAACUGACACAAUAUCAAGAGAAACCAGAAGAGAUUUACCUUCAGAUCUCUGCAGCUGGGCUGGCUGAGGAAGCCUGGAUAAAGGUAAUCUGAAACUGACUUGAGUCACAAAGAGGGAGACUUUUGUUUUUUUUAGAUGAAAAUGGCUGUUUUGUUCUAGAAAAUAACAAGAAAGAGACUAAGUGAAGAGCUGAACAGUCAAGCUGCAAGAAUAUUUUCUCCUUGUGAGACAGAAAGAGUCAGUAAUGUCGAAGCUGGUCUGCCCUCUGAUUGUCCUUGGUUUACUUCCAGCUGUGGUUCCCCUCUUCUGUUACACCUGUGUGUUCCCCGCCAUCUCACCUCUGGACUGCAUCAAAUUUCCUCUCAUGUGUCCACCUGGGCAGGUCUGUCUGUCCAGCAGAGCUGUAGGCGAGAAAGGAGACUUCCGCGUGGUGUUGUAUGAGAAGAGCUGCGUCCUUUCCUCCCUGUGUGGACUCACGGGUGAAAAAUACACCAUGGGACUCAACUUCACCUUCACCAAUGAAUGCUGCAACACACACCUGUGCAACGGAGCUGCAACACCUGCUACCUCCUACUGGACUGCCACAUUACUCACAGUACUUAUUUCCUAUUCAGUUUAGCGACUAGAAAAAUAUUACAGCAAUGUGAAAGAGAAGUAGUUUGACAAACAUGAAGUGCCAUGAGUUGGCUUUUCCACCUUCUAAUGGACUGACAUUGGGUUUUAUGCAAGAACCACUCUUACGAACAGAUUACUUAGGAUUCUUAAGUGGCUUGUAUGAGUGAUUUAGGAGAACUUGCCAAUUUUCUCUUAGACAAAAACACAAUUUAGGAGUGGUCCAGACCUGUUGUAGGACUCGUGCAAUUAUUCCUGUAUGAAUUACACUUCAUAAUUAUGUUGAUGAUAUUAUCCUGUUUGACUGUACAAUUCAAUAUCUAAUAUAAUUUUAAUCCUCAUUCAUUUAAAUUGGCUAUUGUAGAACACUACAAUAUGAAUAUGAACAUCUCAAACUGCAAAAUGACUUAUUAUGCACAAACUGAAGGUUAACUUGUCUCUGUAUAUAAUAAGGUCAACUGGAAGUGUAAUCUUUUGGAUGCCUUAGCGCAUCAGUCCAGUGGAAGAGAGUGACAGUGAGCUGAUAUUUUGGCAGGGACAGAUAAAUGGUUGUUGUCACAGUUUAGAUUACCACGUGCUGUGCUUCUGCAAAUGUGAAAUUGUUAGAGCCACAACUCCACAGACCGACAGACCGAUCCAACCUUAUUCCCUUAAUUCCACUGCUGACACUGUUGCAAAUGUAAAACUUUCCUUCUCCAACAGCAGGAAUUCUUUUUACUCUUCAAUGUCUUUUACAUGAAUGAACAUGUCCUGACAUAUUGGGCGAGAUGCAUAGCCUUAUAAUUGGGGUGCUAAUUAUGCUAAUUUACAAAUCUCAUGAACAUAACCUCAAUUACGUAAAGAAGGCAUUCAUUAUGUUAACGUGGGUCACUUACACAGUUAUCUGAAGUUAGUAGCGUUUGCUGAAUCUGGUGAGGCACACUAAUUCGAGCCCAAUGUAUGAAAUAAUUAAGAGAAAGUUGACAUAAAAAGACAAAUGUUCUUGCAUAAGGAUGCACUCAACUUCCUUUUAGUAACGGUUUACUAAUCAGUGCUAAACCAAGGUUUGUUUUACCAUGAAUAUAUUUCUCUGAUUAUUUCUAACAACAUCUAAAGACAUGACUGGUUUUCUGGAGUGGGGAUCGGUGUAAGUGUAGUUUAGCUUAUAUUCCCAUGGUUUAGCAUCUUGAUACAAACUGUGAUCAAAGAAACUACCUCUAUCCACUUAUCAGUCAAGUAUUUGAUUCAAGGUUGCAGGUUUAGUCCAGUCUCAUCCCAGAGCUUAAAAUCCAGACACUUUGAAAAAGCCUGCAAACUGUUUGUAUUUGACGCACAAGUUACCCUACAGCAUCUGUAUGAGAUGCCUGGCCUUUCAUCUCACUCCGAUGUAACUCAUCCGCUGUCAUGUAAUGUACUUAUUUCAACACAAACAAUGUUUUCCUAAGCCUAACCAAAACGAUAUGUUCCUUGUGUCAGUAUUUCCUGCCCUGGGAUGAGAAUGUGUUGGUAGGUUUGGUCUCAAAAUUGGUAAGGACUAACGACGGGGUCACUACCUCUUCAUCAAGAGGAGCGUGCAGGGGAAUACAUUACCCUACAAUAUAAUAGAUAUAUCAAUCGAUGGAGUUUAGUGACAUGGUGCAUUAUCCUGCUGGAAGUAGCCAUCAGAGGAUGGGUACAUG